AUGUUCGUAUCGCCGUCCUGGUGUCAGAAAAGUGAAAAGAUACCCUGUGGACGAGGUUGUAAGCUUAAGGCUGCAUUCAUCGCCGCAUCUUCCAGAUUCCACAGUUCCCUACAGACAUUGCGUCCAAAGAAAAAAUUCUCAUACACAAAGCCAGAUACUAAAUGCUGGGAUGUGAAUCCAAGAACACCAAAUGGCCUGUUUAAAAAUGCCAGAUCAACAGAAUGCAAGUUCCCAUUCACAUAUAAGAGUAAAACGUAUCAUGGUUGCACUGAUUUUGAUCAUUAUCGCGCGUGGUGCUCGAUUGAUACAACGUUCAAGAACAGAUACAAAAAUUGCCCGAUAGGUAGCGAUGGAUGUAAAUUUCCUUUUAUAUACAAUAAUAAAAAAUACUAUAACUGCAUUAGAACAAAGGAUGAAAGUGAACCAUGGUGUUCUCCAAGUUAUCGUUACAAAGGCCGUCGGAAAACAUGCUACGCAAGCGUCACCCAGUGCAAAUUUCCAUUUCAAUACAAUGGAAGGAGUCAUCAAACAUGUACUACAUUAUCUUCAGAGGACGAACCUUGGUGUUCUGUGGACAAGGUGUUCAAUAACAGAUGGAGAAAAUGCCCUAUCGGUGGAGAAGGGUGUGUCUUUCCGUUCAGCUACAAAGGCAUAAUAUACAAAACUUGUACUAGAAAGGAUCAUUACACACUCUGGUGUUCAAAGGACAAAAUUUUUAAAAAUAAUUGGAAGAAUUGUUUAUCAGGAAUUUUAUUUUGGGUGUUUAUGAAAAAAGCUUGCAUUUUACGUACAAUGUUUUAG